AUGCAGGCAUAUUUUCCCCCUAUCUCUCAAUCAGAGGGUCUCCCUGUUAGGAUUCAAGAUGUGAAGGGGAAUGAAUGGACGUUUCAGUUCAGAUUUUGGCCAAACAACAACAGCAGAAUGUAUGUUUUGGAGGGCGUUACCCCUUGCAUACAGUCCAUGCAAUUACAAGCUGGUGAUACUGUUACCUUUAGUCGGAUAGAUCCUGGAGGCCAAUUAGUCAUGGGAUUUCGAAAAGCAACAAAUUCUUCUGAUACACAGGAUGCCAAGAUCUCUACACUUCCUAAUGGCUCUCAUUCGGGUGACGCCUCAUUCUCUGGGGUCUUUCAGAAUUUGCCUUUAAGAGCUGGAGAUAUUAGUUUGCAUAAAAUCGAAAAUUUUGGGGGUAGGAUGACUUCAGGACAACAACCGAUGUCAACCAUGGACAAGAAGGGGACUCGAAACAUUGGGUCUAAAAAUAAGAGGUUGCUCAUGCAUAGUGAAGAUGCUUUGGAGUUAAGACUCACAUGGGAAGAAGCUCAAGAUCUACUCCGGCCUCCACCAAGUGCAAAUCCCACCAUUGUCACAAUCGAUGACCAUGAAUUUGAGGAGUAUGAUGAACCUCCAGUUUUUGGCAAGAGAACUAUAUUCACUGUCCGACCAACGGGGGAACAGAAACAAUGGGCUCAGUGUGAUGAUUGCUCAAAGUGGCGGAAGUUGCCUGUGGAUGUUCUUCUUCCUCCAAAGUGGACUUGUUCAGAUAAUAUUUGGGAUUUGAGCAGGUGUACAUGUUCUGCACCGGAAGAGAUGAACACAAAGGAACAGGAGAAUCUUCUAAGAGCGAGUAAAGAUUUUAAGAAACGUAAAAUCAUGAAGAGCCAGAAGUCUGCUCAAGAACUCGAGCCUUCUGGUUUGGAUGCACUGGCUAGUGCUGCUGUUCUGGGUGAUAGUAUGGCUGACUUGCAGGAAUCAGGUACAACAACUAGGCAUCCUCGACACCGACAAGGAUGCACUUGCAUUGUGUGCAUUCAGCCUCCAAGUGGGAAGGGAAAGCAUAAAUCCACAUGCACAUGCAAUGUCUGCUUGACUGUAAAACGCCGUUUUAAAACGCUCAUGCUUCGCAAGAAGAAACGCCUAUCAGAACGUGAAAUGGAGACUUCACUCAAGGAGGGGAAUUCACAAUUUGAUGAAUCAGGAACCAGUGGGACACUGAGGGGUUCAUCUCUGCAAAUAAACCAUUCAGAGAACGAAAGAAGUCAGAUCCGAGUAAAAGAUGAGGAGGCUGCAAAUAGCAGUGGCCAAAUUGACUUGAACUGCCACCCUGACCGGGAGGACAUGCAACUGGAGGUAGCAGGAUUAAGCAUGAUGAGUCUUGUUGAGGCUGCCAGCCAACCUUUAGAUAGUUACUCAAAGCAAAUUGGCGUCUCCAGCGUCACGAGUGAGCAACAUUCCAGUCAACCAAGUAGCGCUGAGAGUGAGAGACCCCUGUCUGAGGAAGGAUGCCAUGGAUCAGCACACGAGAGCACAAGUGAUAGAGGCAGAGGGCCCCAUUGAGAUUUAAACAUUUUUGGGUUUCUUUUUCUUUUAUUUCUUUUACCAUCUCUUUUACUCACCUGGUAUAUAAAUAAUAUAACUGAAACAUAAACGUUCUUUAGUUUAUCAUACAAGUUCAUUGAUUGAUCUCUCA